AUGGAAGAGAACGCGUGCGAAGCAGCCCUAGCACCCCAUUACCAACAGGACCAAUAUGGGUUUGGUGUCCGUAAACGCAAGGGGGGCAAAGCGGUUACUACGGACAGCAAUGAUACCUUUGGGUCGGCACAGCAGCCCAGCAACGGGACCUCUACCUCUACCUCAACUCACGGGCUCAACCAGAAAGCCUGCUGGCAGCCACCUCGAGCCGAAGGUUAUCAGAGCGUGUGCACACUUUUACUGGUCACCGUGCUAUCCUUUGCCACUCGGUUUUACAAGCUCAUGGAGCCUGAUCAUGUAUGCUGGGAUGAGACGCACUUCGGGAAGAUGGCCAACUGGUACAUCAACAGGACCUUCUUUCUCGACGUACACCCCCCUCUCGGCAAAAUGCUGAUUGGUCUGAGCGGCUACCUGACCGGCUACAAUGGCUCCUUCCCCUUCACCAAACCGGGAGACAAAUUCGAAGAACACCACUACGGAGGAAUGAGAGGGAUGUGUGCAGCUUUUGGCGCGGGUCUCCCGGUCUUGGCCUAUCUGACGGUUGUAGAAGUCUCUGGCUCCACGUCAGCUGCUCUCAUCACCGCCGCUCUACUCAUCUUUGAUACGGGCUACAUUACUCUAUCCCAGUAUAUCCUCUUGGACCCCAUAUUGAUGUUCUUCAUCAUGGCUGCCGUGUUCUGCACCAUCAAGUUCUACUCAUACACACACAGGCCCUUCACUACCCCCUGGUGUGUGUGGCUGGUGCUGAUGGGCGUUAGCUUGGCCGGAUGUGUCAGUGUGAAGUUCUUGGGUGUCUUCGUUGUUCUGCUGGUAGGACUCAACACAGCAGCAGAGCUCUGGGAACUACUGGGAGACAACACACUCUCACUGACGGAGGUGUAUAAGCACGUGUUGGCGCGUGUGUGUGGGCUGAUCCUGCUGCCCCUCUUCCUCUACCUCACCAUCUUCACCGUGCACCUCAACAUCCUCAACAAGAGUGGUCCAAGUGAUGGAUUCUUCAGCUCCUCCUUCCAAUCCAGGCUGCUAGGCAACAGCCUGCACAACGCCUCCAUGCCUGAAUAUUUGGCGUAUGGCUCCACAGUGACUCUAAAGAACCACGGUGUUCAGGGCUAUCUCCACUCUCAUUCGCACUCGUAUCCAGAGGGGGUGGGAGCCCUGCAACAACAGGUGACGACGUAUCCCCAUAAGGACGUCAACAACCUGUGGCUCGUCAAGAGGGCAGAGGAUGAUCCGGACGCGCUCUCAGACCUUAUACGCCAUGGAGACGUCAUUCAGCUGGAACAUAUUGAGACCACUAGGAAUCUCCACAGUCACGUGAUGGAGGCUCCGCUCACCAGGAAACACCAGCAGGUCACCGGAUACGGAGCAAAUGGCAUAGGUGAUGAUAACGACUUCUGGGUAGUGGAGGUGUACGGGGGUCAAAAGGGUGACCUUGUUAAGACCAUUCGCAGUAAAAUCCGCUUCGUACACAAGAACACUGGCUGCGUCCUCUUCUCAUCAGGAGAACAGCUGCCCAAGUGGGCUUGGGAGCAGGGAGAGGUGACGUGUAACCCGCACGACAAGGACACGCCCAGUUUUCACUGGAACAUCGAGGACCACAGCAACCCCAAACUGCCCAAUAUCAGUCUGGAGGUGUUGAAGCCUUCCUUCCUGGAGAUUCUGGUAGAGUCGCACAUUGUCAUGUUCAAGACCAACAACGGUAUGAAGCCUAAAGAAGACGAAGUGACCUCACAACCCUGGCAAUGGCCUAUCAACUACCAGGGAAUCGGCUUCUCUGGUACGAAUGAGACAGAUUAUCGAGUCUAUUUUCUGGGCAAUCCUGUGUUAUGGGGAUUAAACCUGGCCUGUCUGGGUGUGUAUCUAUUGAUGGUCGUCUUCGCAGCUGCUGGUCUACACAGAGGCUGCAUCAUGGACGCCAAGAGACACGGGCAUGCGUGUGUGUUGACGGGGGGAGGCGGGAUGUUGUUUCUGGGCUGGCUGCUGCACUAUCUCCCCUUCUACGCCAUGGGAAGAAUACUCUACUACCACCACUACUACCCUGCCAUGCUGUUCAAUAUCAUGCUCACAGGGAUAACUCUGGACUGCCUGCUGCAGAAUGUGGAUCUGCUGGUAAAGCCCCCCUAUGCAGACUGGGCACUAAGAGGGGGACAGGGGCUACUAGCAGUGGUUAUCCUCUACAGCUUCUACCUGUUCCACCCCCUGUCUUACGGAAUGCAGGGACCCCGGGCACACGAGGAGGGAAGCCCCAUGUACAACCUCAACUGGAUGGAAUCAUGGGAGUUCUAA